AGUUCAGACUGGAUUCUCUAGGAUCCAACAAACAAAGAAAGGGUUUUUGGAUAAGUAGCUUGGUUUUAAUACUAGCUCAGUGCUUUCUUCCUAAUCCAGCAAAUGGAAGGACCCCGGUCCCUGGAAGGUCCCAAUCCUUGGGGUAGGGUUAAGGACUCGGCCUGCCAGAAUCCAUGUCAGGGUUAGUCCUAGUAAGCUUUAUGAGCAUGCAUGUAGAUUCUUUUUAUUUUUUCCCCCCCUCUGCAAUGCUUUUUACCUUAAAAACAAGGUAGGUUUGCAUAGGAAGUGCUGUGUGGUAACUUGUAACUGUUGACAGUCACUUUUAUCCGUAUCUGAAGAGACAGUAAGCACACCUGUUUAGGAGACUGUCUUUACUGGAAAAUACACAGUGAAGGAAGGGAACUGUUCAGCCUGGACAUACCUUGGUCAGAAGGGAGUGAGACCCAUUAUAGGUCUCUAUCAGAAAGAGGGAAGAGCUGGAAGCCUGAGAUUGGGUGCCCUUUUUAGAUCACUUAGAGGAAAUACAGGUACAGUUGUCCUGAACUGUGAUAGUUGCUGUAGUGUUAAAAUGCUCAUACGGUUGUCCAUAGUCUUCCAGGAAAAAAACAGGGUGGACAAGCUCUGAAUUUUUAAUGUAGUGGGAAAACACUUUUUAAGAAAAAACUUUCCUGAACACCUUUAUACAUUAUAGAAGCUCAUAUUCAAUAUAUUUUUCCUUUUGCAGGCAACCUCUAUUUCCUCCUGGCAGUCUUAGGUUUACCGACUAUUACUGUGUUCAUCUUCUAAUCCAUGUGUAUGUGUUAAAAUGUGUCUUUAUGCACUCACCACUGCUAUUUCACUUCCUUUUCCUGUAACCCCCAGUCCCAGCUUUCCAGAGUCCAGUAUGUGCAAUAUUCAACUACAUCAACUUGAUUUUUCCACUUGUAUCAAGAUCAAGCUUAAAAACUCCUCUAGUUCUCAACAACUCCCAUGGAGUCUUCCCAUCUUACCUCAGACCUGUUUCUGUACUCUUGCUUGUGCUCAUCUGCCCUUUGGAACAGCUUUUAUGUAGGAAGUUUUAACAGGUUUACAAAUCGUUACCACCUAAGUGUCAGAAGAAAACAGUAAAACGAAUGUGUUUACUGGCUUGUGUGGCACAAGAUUUACUUGCAUGUCUCACUGGUGUCUUGUUUUACAUGCUUUAACUUUGUAGUCAAUUUUUAAAAGAUUAGAUUGAAUGUAAUUGUUACACGUAGGCAUACAAAGUUGAGACUGUAGUGCUGUAUAAGCUUGUUAGCUAUUCAAUAGUAAUAUUCACAUACAGGAAAAACAAAAAAACUAAGUUGUCAGCUGUUGGAAACAGCUUAAUCGCUUAAAAUUCAGAAAUUUAUUUUAUAUUGGGCAGUUGAAGUAGCUUCUAAAACUAGCUGUGACCGGGGUUUCCAGCGCAUUGUACGUAGGGGCCCCACCUACUCUUUCCCGGCGUUUCUGAAUGUUUGUGUUUUGCUGACUGCACAGCGAGUUCGGUUGAUCACGAGGUUAAUGUGCCUGGGUGGCUCCCUGGGCCGGGGGGAGGGAAGGCAGCACGCAGGAGCUGCCGGCUGCUUUCUCCGCCGCCUCCUUUUUCAGUGCGCCCAGGCUGGUGCUAGGAGGAGCUCGACCAGAGCAGGGAGACAACUGACCUUUUGGCAGCAAAUGGCUUUUCCACAGGAGACAACGCAGGGAACUCAGGAGUUCUCCUCUCUGCCUGUUACUCGGGCUUUGCAGCCCCCUCUCUUCGGCCCGGCUGGAGCUGCGCAGAGCUGGUGGCAGCGUGUCCGUAGCCAGAUCCUUCUCAUGGGCGCUCCGUAGCUCAGCAGUCGAGGGAAGGAAAGGCGUCUGCAGCAGCACCAGCAGAGCUUCCUUUGCUGGGCAGCAGCCGGAAGAGUUUGGGAAACCAUUUUAGGGAGACUUUCUGAAGAUUCUUGUGUGUGUGACAGGUCCUAAACUGGAACAGAUCGGACAAAGCUGUUUCCUUCUCCCUCAUAUCCCGCUGUGGAUUAUUGAAGAAACUUCACUUGUGGGGGAGUUUGGCUAGGUUUCUGCCUACGGCGCUAGAGGUUUUAGUGCCCCGUUUGAGUGAUUCCCUCGCAUGAAAGUAGCGCCUCUCUGGUAUCGUUCCAGGUCUCUGUCCUCAAGCCUCAUGUUACCAGGAGGGGCCUCUGUUAUGAGUUGUUUUUGUUUCUAUGGGGAAACGUAAUGAGCUGUUCCACUCCUCAUGACGGGGAAAUCUGCCUUGAGCUUUCUGUAUUCGUGGAAGGGGGGAGUCCUGUUUACAUCAUGUUUGCCAGGAAGUAAAACCAGCAAGAGAAAAGAAAUGAGCCGUCAGACUGCUACAGCACUACCUACAGGUACUUCAAAGUGUACACCAUCACAGAGGGUGCCUGCUCUGACUGGCACUACAGCUUCCAACAAUGACUUGGCAAGUCUUUUUGAGUGUCCUGUGUGUUUUGACUAUGUGCUGCCACCUAUUCUUCAGUGUCAGAGUGGCCAUCUUGUUUGUAGCAACUGUCGUCCCAAGCUUACAUGCUGUCCAACUUGCCGAGGCCCACUGGGUUCCAUUCGUAACUUGGCUAUGGAAAAAGUUGCCAAUUCUGUACUGUUCCCAUGUAAAUACGCCUCUUCUGGAUGUGAGAUAACUUUGCCACACACAGAAAAAGCAGACCAUGAAGAGCUGUGUGAGUUUAGGCCUUAUUCAUGUCCAUGUCCUGGUGCUUCAUGUAAAUGGCAAGGUUCGCUGGAUGCUGUAAUGCCACAUUUGAUGCAUCAGCAUAAGUCAAUAACAACACUACAGGGAGAAGAUAUAGUUUUCCUUGCUACAGACAUUAAUCUUCCUGGUGCUGUUGACUGGGUUAUGAUGCAAUCUUGUUUUGGCUUUCAUUUCAUGUUAGUCUUGGAGAAACAGGAAAAAUAUGAUGGUCACCAGCAGUUCUUUGCUAUUGUACAACUGAUAGGAACACGCAAGCAAGCAGAAAAUUUUGCUUAUCGACUUGAGCUUAAUGGUCAUAGGCGGCGAUUGACUUGGGAAGCAACUCCUCGAUCUAUUCAUGAGGGAAUUGCAACAGCCAUUAUGAAUAGUGACUGUCUAGUCUUUGACACCAGCAUUGCACAGCUCUUUGCAGAAAAUGGCAAUUUAGGCAUCAAUGUAACUAUUUCAAUGUGUUGAAAUGGCAAGCAAACAUUUUCAGGCCAGUGUUUAAAACAGUUGCAUUUAAUUUCGCAGAAACUAGGGUAACCAUCUUUGACUGCCAGACACAAACUAUUUGGUAGAGGGAGGCUAGACGUAUAUGAAGGUAAAUAAAAGGAAAGGCUGUUAAAUUGCAGGAAGCAGUUGCAUGUAGUAACACUAAUAUAUUUAAAAUAAGUCAACAGUAAACCACUGAAAAUAUAUAUACACCCAAAAUGGGCAUCUUUUGUAUUAAGAAUUGAUUCUACAGGAAAUGUUGUAAAAUAGUUCUAAAAACUUGUUUGUAGAUUGAUUGUACUGUUGAAAAGGAUACUGUUGUGUGUUUUGUUUUUUUUUUUCCUUUGACUGACAAGCCAUGUUGAGCAGUCUGGUCUCUUGCCGCUGCUUUUUCCCCUUAAGUCACUACAUAGUAUUGCUGCUGUUUUGUGUAUAUUUUUUGUGUAUUUGCUAAUUUUUAUUAACUUCUAGUUUUUCAUUAAAUAAAUGACUUUCUUUUCUGUAAUUCAGGUUUUCCUCCUUUUUGUACCUUUUAAAAAUUAAUUGCAGGUGUCAUCUUUUGAUAUGCAUAAUUGCUUAUGGUAAAACUUAUACUUCUGUACAUUUGGUAAAUUAGUCUUUUCCCAGUAGUCCAUUCAUUGGUGAUACUGUUCUUAAUUCAGCUAUUUUGUGAAUGUAUUCAACUCUAAAGAAGCAAUUACAUUGGAAGAAUUAUCAGAAAAACGGCUCCUUUAAAAACAGACCUAGAUGAUGAUGUACUUUGUUAUACCUUCAAACAGAAGUGAGGAGUUAUUGGGUAACAUCCUAAUUAAAAAAACUGAAAAUGCAGGCACACUUUAAAAAUUUAGAAACUUCAGCCACAAACUCAUGCUUGUAUUUUGGUUUUGCAGUACAAGAAGGCAUUGUCUUAUGCAGUAUUUGUAACUAUAAAAACAGACCAUUUAAAAAAAAGGCAGUCUCAGAAAACAAUGUUUUUGGUCUUUUAUAAUUUUGUCAUUAAAAGAAUACCUGGCAAACGAAAAA